AUGCACCAGUAUAUGACCAGCUACCACCAGAAGAACGUGGGACGAGGGCCCUGUAAAUUGGAUGCCUUCAUCUACGAUGCCGCUGUGUUGAACUACAUGGCCGGGAGGGACGAGGGCUGUAAGCUUGUGACCAUCGGCAGCGGGAAGGUGUUCGCCACCACCGGUUACGGCAUCGCCAUCCAGAAGGACUCUGGCUGGAAGAGAGCAGUGGACCUGGCCAUCCUCAUGCUGUUCGGCGACGGAGAGAUGGAGGAGCUGGAGGCUCUGUGGCUGACGGGGAUCUGCCACAAUGAGAAGAACGAGGUGAUGAGCAGCCAGCUGGACGUGGACAACAUGGCGGGCGUCUUCUACAUGCUGGGGGCGGCCAUGGCUCUGUCGCUCAUCACCUUCAUCGCCGAGCACGCCUUCUACUGGCAACUGCGCUUCUGCUUCAUGGGCUACUGCACCGGCAAGCCAGGCUUUACCUUCUCCAUCAGCAGG